GCUCUCACUCUCCCAAACGCUGCACGUAGGGGGCUUCCUCCAAUCCUAGUUUAGCUUUUUAGUGUUAUAUUAACAUUUUGUGUGUAUUGGAUGGGACCAUGGGGUGAGAUGGCAAAUCUGGAUAUUACUUGAUGAAUUAUAUGAACUUCAGUAACAGGGCUGUGAUUGCACUACCUCUCUGUAAUGGAUGGCUCUUGCUGUGGUCAUGCCAGACGUAGAAUCUUUGCCAUGUGAGUAUUCCCCAGUAACCUCUCCUGCUGGCUGCAGCAUGGACCUGGAGCCUUGCUUCAGUGAGUUGCCAGAUCCUCUCUCUGUUCUUGGUCCCCAAUUAUCUGGUUUCCCUCAACACAGAAAUCCUUCAUAUAUCAAUCUAGAUGCACCUUUGAACCGCUAUCCAGCAGGACCCAACAACAACCUUCUUAGAAACAUGGGACUUAGGUACUGUUCUACCAGCAAUAUGCAUCCUCUUAAACAGCCAGAGACACAGUCCAGCUACCAGGAGGGGAAACUCUCACAGAGCUGUGUCAACUCAGGCAAUAAUCGACUAUACCAUAGCCUGGAAAAUCUGCACUGGAAUGCAGACCCUGGUAUGUACACUUACAGAAGCAUGGAGAGUGAGUUUGUUCUUCACUGUACCUCCAGCAGUCAGUGGUAUGAUGGAACUUCUCAGGGCUCACAGGUAUACACUAUGAUGCACUCCCCUGAGAAUAUGGCUUCCUGUCCUCGUCAGGGACUAAUGAGGAAGGACUUACCUCUCUUUCCUCAGUGGCUAUUUCCUGCUGUGGAGGACUGGGCCAUGAAUGGAAAUGCCCGGAAAGGCCUGCGAGACAAACUUCGCCUCCAGAGCACUCGUGUGUCGGAGCCUAACAAGCCCCUUCGUCCGCAGCCUUCGAUACGGAACACUCUGCAUUCUUUUAGUGACCAUGAAAUGGCUUCCCAUUUUGGUCAUCUCCCUUCUACAGGACAGGUGAAUGGCAAAAAAGAGCUGUACGCUCAUCGUAUCACCAGCCCAGAGGAAAUCAAGCAGGAGGUGCUCCGGCGGCUACAGCUACAAAGGCAGAGGAGCACUCCUAACCUGGCACUCAGCUCCAGCCAGGAAGCCACCUUCAACAAGUCACACACCUCUGAGCAUGUCAGCAGUAUUGCCCAGUCUGCUCCUGAGAGGAAAAGACCCCCCAUGAGUCGCUUGCACAUCCCAACGUUUGAAGAGUUUAAAAGGAUGAGGCAAAAAGAGGGUGCUGAAGACCUGGGUUCAUCAACAGCUCCAUCUAGUAGAGUAGCCCAACAGGAGGGCCAAUGCAGAGAGGGAAACUGUGAAGAGAAAGCUAAAGACAGAUUACAUACAGAGGCUAAAUCUGUUACAGACAUCUGGCAAAACUGUAGCACUACUGAUGCAGCUCAUCCACAUGGUUCAAGUGGAGAAGAAUCAAGUAGCGGUAUGUCUACUGAACAAGCUUCAGGUGCCCCAAUCUGCACAGGACCUGCACCUCGCUCUCCUCUGCAGUCCCAGAGUACCACUGCAGGGGAAGAGCACACUGAGAAAGCAGGAGAUUCUGGAAUUAUGGAUCCAGCUGCGGUCCCUUUCCCUCCCAACAGGGAGAGUGCUGAGGGGGCAUCAACUUGCUGUCCUGCUAUAAUUCUGGAUGGGAAAGAUCUCUCUAGUUAUGGAGCCAAGAUCUACAAGAUGAAGACUGACCUUCUUGGAUCAGCCCUGGACCUCAUAAAGAAGAGCUGCAGUGCAGAGAUCAGCGCUAAAGCCCCCACCAGGCUGUCACAUGACCAGCACGACGGUACUGACAUCACCACUCCCCAGCCUGGGUGUCAAUCUGCCUGCGUUGCCAUGACAACAUUGGCCUGCAGACAGGAGGCUUGCAGUGAAGCUACUGGACGAGAAGAACCAAGAGAAUGCAAGCUGUUAGGGUCAGGAUGCAGGCGCUCCAGCUCAGACGCGACCUAUGAGCCGGCUGGAUCGGUGAGGGCGCAGCGGGAGUGUCGCCUGCGCCCUCACUACAGCGACCCCAUGCCCACUGAUGCUGCCAAACGCAAGCAGCUGGAGAUGAAGAUUGCUGCAGCUGCACGUCUCCACAGUCAACGCAGGGACAGAGAUCAUGGUAUGCGAACAGUUAGGGGCCAUUCUGAGCCUAGAGGAGAAGGUCGGAAUGGACGCUUGGGGGUGAAUCGUGUGUGUCAGCAUCGCUGGAGCACAGUGAGCAGUGUGAGUGCAGACAGUGGUGUAGUUGGGCUGAGCGAUGAGCGCGAGGAUGAGGAGGAGCCACGCUGGACUCGGCACAGUACCGGGCCUGAAGUGGAGCGAGUGGACAGUGGUAUCGGGUCUGGACUGGCACCAAGCUGGAAGAGACCCACAGAAUCUUAUAAAACAUGGGAGGCCCAGCGGCCAUGUCCAGACUGUGGCCACCGAGACACCACUCGAGAGGAGGGCAUGUGUGAGCGAUGCUUAAAGUUACGGACCGAGCGCAAGGAGGCCAUUCUGGAGUUCCUCAACACAGAGUCGAGUUACGGCGAGGAUCUGCGCAUCAUUAAGGAAGAGUUCUACUUCCCCAUGCAAAGCGCUGGACUACUCACAGCUGAACAGUUGACUGUGGUCUUCAGCAAUGUACAGGAGCUUAUUGAAGUGAAUGAAAGGUUCACCGAGCAUCUGCAAGACAACAUUGACCAAGCACUUGACCAGGGAGAUGAAGAUCUGCUGACUGUAUGCAUUGGAGAAAUCUUUUUGGAGUUUGUCAACAUGUUACCAGCAUUUCAAACCUACUGCUUGAAGCAAUCCACAUCUGUCAACAUGCUUAACACACUGGAGAAGGAAAAAGAGUUGCUUAGGAUUUUCCUUGACGUAUCCCAGAAUGACAAUACGGCCCUGCGGCGCAUGAAUCUGCGCUCCUUCCUCAUGGCUCCACUGCAGCGCGUAACCAAGUAUCCGCUGCUGCUGAGCCGCAUCAUCAAGGCCACUAACGAAUACCACCCUGAUUACGAGCGUCUGAAAGAGGCCAAAAGUCGUGUGGAGUCUCACCUGGAGCACAUCAACAUGAAGAGCAAGCAAGAUGGUACAGCCACAUGGUCCCUGCGCUCCUUCCGGCGCGAGAGCCGCAAGAACCGUGAAGUGAUAAACAUUGAGAUGAGAGAAACAUCCAUGAAGCUUGUAGGUUGGGCUCGUGAGACCACGCGCUUUAUUAUGGAGGGCCCACUGCAGAUCUCACAGCCUGCUGAUGGCCAGUGGGUGAAAAAAGGGAGCAAGUCCCUCAAGUUCCAGAACGUUCAAAGCCUGCUAAUGGUGCGUACGGCAGAUGGAGGUGUUCGUGGAGACCAAACGGAGGCAUUCGAGACAGUGCAGGAUGGCGUGCUGGUAAUGAUUAAAGAUAAAAGUAGUGGCAAGUUUGCUGUACUGCGUGAACCCAUCCAUCUGGCUAACUGUGUGGUUUCGACUGACCCAGACUGUGAUGACACGUUCGAGGUGCUGGACAUCCGACGCGAAGCCUUUGUUUUACGUGCCUCUGACAAAUCACAUACACAGCAGUGGUUCCGUCUGAUUAAGAGGUACGCAUGUGACCUGGGGCUAUGGAGAAAAAGACGCAACGCACUCCCUAAUAUUAUGAUCAAUAAGUCCCAGAGCCGCUCUUGAGACUUAUUUACGCAACUUCAAUCUGGUGAAAAUCUUUUUAAAAUAUUUAAUUGACAGUAUUACAUUAUGAACAUUAACAAAUGUUUGAUGAUUUGGCCAGAAAAGUGCACUUUCUAUAGGUAAGCUCUGAGACUCACAAAAAAAGGGGAAAAUCAGCUUUUGGUGGACCAAAAUGAGAACAUGGUUAGAAACAUCACUGGCCACAGACUGUGGAAUUUGCUAUUGAAGUAAACAUUUUCAUUAAUUAUUUGCAACAGCAUGAGUGAAAAAUAUUUGUUUAAAAAUUAUAUUGAGAAAGAAAACUAUCAGUAGAAAUCCUUUUUAACAAAGACGCACAAAUGACAACCAGUGUAAUGUGAGAAGACUGAAGCAGAUCCCAUGUGGUGGUGUUUUUUUCUAUUAAGAUUUCUGAAAGUCCUCUUCCUCUCUUUUCAUUAGUCUGAAAAACAACAAAAUGCUCCAUUCCCACUAGCAGUGAAGCAUCCAAGGGAAUUUGCGCAUGAUAUCUGAACCCUACAACACCCAUAUAAUUGCAUUAUUAUCACUGUGCUGGGGAAACAAAUCAGCAAUAAUCAAUAAGCAUAUUGUAGCUAUGGUAAUGCUGGUUUCAACUCAUCAUAAUCCUUCCUGACACACUGCAGUAAAACAAAAUAAUGAUUUGUUUUAUUUACAUAUACAGUAGCAAAUCUUUUCUCGACCACUUGUGUUGAUUUCACUAAUUGCUGUUGCCACGUGAAAAAUAGUGGUGAAACUGCAUCUACUCAAGAUAUAGUAGCAGUAACUAAAUAUUGGAGUGUCAGAAAGAGAUCUUCUAAAACCAUGAAAUGUUGAUCUUUUGAUAAUUGAUAAGAAAGAAAACCGCGUGCCUUUUAUUUGAUUGCCUCCUGACACAUCAGAGCCGGAUUCCCCCACUCCAGUGAAAUCUUCUGAGAAAAAGUACUGUUCUUUAAACAUCUCCCAUCAUCUCCAUCAAGAUAAUAUAAACUCGUAUUUUCUGUUAAAUGCACUUUAGUCUACAAUGUUGAAAUGUUUGUUUUUAUUAAAAGCUUUACUCUUUAUUUUCAUAGCUUUACAAGAAAGUUGGUGGUUGACUUGAGCGAUAUUCAGCACCCACAUAAACUAGUAUGGCAUGUUCCAUAUUUUGUUCUAAUGCUAGAUAUAAUUUAUUAUUUAAACAUGUAUUUGCAGUUGCAUUUCCCUUGUGAGCGUGCAUAAAAUGAGACAUAAUUCUAAUUAAAUUUUAAAUCAUGUGUUUGCAUUUUUGUGUACAGUAGUGUAAUUUCAAUUUCGGUGUCUAAACUUGUCUGCCAUAUUAAAAAAGCUAUAAUAAUUGCAUCCGCGAUGGCACUUUCUCAUCCUCAUGCUACAAACAGUAUUUUCGGAGGAACUUUUUAAAAAGCCAUGUGUAACCUCAAAUUUGUUUUAGCCUGAACUGAUACUAUAUUGAAUGGCGAGGAAAAACAAAAAACAUCCUGUGAGCAGAGGGUCUGCAGGCUGAAACACCUUGUUGAGAGAUAUGAGAUUAGAAUAUUCAGAGUGGUCUGAGCUGACAGGAAAUUAAAAUAAGCACUAUUUACCACUGUAGCGAGCAGAAAUGCUUCUCAGAACACACAUCACACCUUGGUGGGUGAUGCAACAGCAGGAGGACACAUCAGGUUCCUGUCAGCCAAGAGUCUGUGCCCAUAAUAGCCUCAGAUCUGCUGUUGUAUCCCAUCCACCUCAUGGUUUGGUGUUUUGUGUAUGCUGAGGCUUUUCUGCUCAACACAGUUGUAAACAGUGAUUAUAUGAGUUGCUAAACUCUUCCUGGCUGCUUUAACCAUUCUGACCAUUUUUCUCUGAGCUCUCUUAACAAGGUGUUUCCACGCGCAGAACUUUCGCUCACUCAAUGUUUUUUGUUUUUGCACAUUGUUCUAUAUAAACUGUAGAGACUGUUGUUUGUUAUAAUCCCAGAUUAUCAGCAAUUUCUGAAACACUCAAAGCAACCCAUCUGGUACCAACAUCCAUGCCAUGGUUAAAGUCACAGAGAUCAUAAUUUUCCUCAUUCUGAUGUAUGAUCUGACCGUUAACUGAAGCUCUUGAUGUGUAUCUGUAUGAUUUUAUGCAUUGUGCUGCUGCAACAUGAUUGGUUGAUUAGAUAACUGCAUAAAUGUGCAGGAGUACAGGUGUUCCUAAUAAAAUGGACAGUGAGCAUAUAUUGUACAAUACACUCUUUUAACAUUUAUACUGAUACACUAUUAAGGCCAAUAUAAACAAAUAUAAGAGAAUAAUCACUGACAAAUUGCAUUAAAAGUCCAAUUUCCAUAUUUUGCUUAUAGAGGUUGAUAUAAAUCUCCAACCCAAGUUAAAAGUGGACUCUCUGCAGCUUACUUACUGAAAGGCCCUUAUUUUCUAUAGAUAAAAUGCACACCAGGCAGGUAAGACCAGCUGGAUGCAAUUUUUAGUCAGACAUCACUUCCUGUGAUGCCCAUUGACAGUCCCACCCAUAGCACUUGAUAGACAGGUCAUUUCAGUGACUAU